GGGAGCAUAACCGCGGUUGGUGAUGCACCUAUGACGCAGUCCCCCGGAUCGUCUUAUUUUCGUCACCAUCACACCCAGCCUCCGACCUCACCUCAACCUUUAUCUGGACCAAUGCUGCGGCUUGAGUUAUCGACACCGACAAUAAAUCCACCUGAAAAGUACACAGUUGGAAGAAACGGGCCCCAGAAUACCGAAUUGACACCAGCACCAUCACAAGUCUGAGAGAUCCGCACCUGGCAGCUUCAGACACCGCCAACGAUACACAUACCAGGCACACAUAUAUCCCGGACCCAAUAAGAGAAUGGCAUCCCCACGAUUCCUUGCCGUCCGCCGCCUCGACCUCGUGCGCCCCCUCCCCAGAGCCGCCGCAUCUCCCGCGGCGCGGCAGGUGAGGUGGGUCACGCAGAAGCCCGACGACGGCGACCUCGGCGGCCCGGGCGGCCAGGAGGCCGUGCCGCCCAACAGCGGAGUCUCGCAGAGCUGGCCGACGUUGGCAGCGAUCGGGGCUGUGGGACUUGGAGUGGGGGGCUACCUCGUCCACCUGACGGGCAAGUCCAAGGGGCAGGGCAAGUAUAUAGAGAAGGGAGAUUUUGAUAAGCUGGCCGAGAGUGUCGCGCCGAGGAAGUGAGGGACAUGUGUUUGUGGUUCCUGUGCAGGAAGCAAGAUGAGGAUAUGUUGGGUUCGGGCGGAGAAAGCUGGCGAAGGGGAGGUGCGGAAGUUAAAAGACUUGUGCUAUAAUCCCAAUUGAAACGCCAAAGAAUCGCAACAAUAGUCCAGAGGCCAGUAAAGUGGAAGAAGAAUCGAAGUUUUUUUUCUUUCUUUUCUUUUCCUUCUUGAAAGCUAACUAAUAUCGACUUUAGCGGCGUUGAAUAUGGC